AUGGGGGAAACAACACGUUUCUGGAACGAUGUGUGGCUGGACUUAGAAAAACCAAUCAAACACUACAUACAUACACAGCUACCACUUCACACACUCAAGAAGAAAAUAAAGGACUAUGUGGACAUAAAUGGAAAUUGGAAAUGGAGUGAGAUCAACAUAUAUGUACCUGAGGAAAUCAGAAGCAAAAUCCUCUCCACGCCACCACCAGACUCACAAACUGGGCCAGAUAAAGCUUUUUGGCGCUGGACCAGGAAGGGCUCUUUCACCACAGCAUCAGCAUACCAGCAGCUUAAACAAUAA